UCAGGAGGUCACACUGGGAUCAGGAGCUCAUGUAAAAGAGAGACCUGAGAUUAACCUGAUAUUAACCUGAGAUUAACAAACAGUUUGUCUAAGAAGUUACUGAGUCAGAAGGUUUUGGGAUACGGAUUCCCGUGUUGUUGGUUUGGAUCUGUGCAUGGGAUUUAUUGAUGUUAAGCACUGAAACCAAGGACGAACUGUACCAGGCAGAAUAUUCCAGAGGUUUUAGAGGAGCUGUGAAUAAAGAGGAGCUGUGGAAAGAAAAGAUUAAAGAGUGAAUCUUGUUUUCUGAAUGGAUGAGAGAAAAAGGAGGGUGGAGAGCGAUGGAGAGAUAAACAGAGAGGCGUCUCUUCUUUCUGCUCUGAAUAUAUUUUUGCUGUUUCAUGGUGAAGGAGGUCACGGUGCAGGGAGAAGGCCCAGUUCUUCUUCAGCAGGACAAUGAAGACGAGCCUCCCCUCCCUCCCCCUCCUCCCCCCAGUCCUCAGCCUUUGUCUGCUGCCCCGGCAGGUGAGACGAACCCUGAAAGAAGUUUUGUUUUGGGCGAGGCUUAUAAAUGGAUCAAAGCCUCCUCGAUCCUCAUCUUCCCAGAAAUCCUUCUCCAGAUGAUGCUGCGUGACUCGGACGGAGCGAUGCUGUCGAGGUUGCUGGGGCUCCUCGUCCUGUCCUCCCUCUGCUCAGCCAUGCUACUACCAAACACCACCAGAAGUGUGUCCAGCGAAGAGGACGGUUCCACCUCAGACCCCAACACCUACCACUGGCCCGGCUCAGAGGAGGGAGAGUCUUCGGACUCAUCAGAGGAAACGUCCCGCUGGCUGGGUGCCGCCCGCACCGGCCCCCUGCAAAUGCCCCCCACAGGACCACCAUGGCCCCCCAGAAACAUGACCAACGUCUCCGACAAGCUCCGGAUGACUGGGGACACCAACCCAUUGACACUGCCUCUGCCUGAUACAUCAAUCUGCGACAUACUGCUGAACGCACCAGUGCCGCCGCCUGUCGACCAGAUUCCAUUUUUCUGCCUCUGUUCACACUGUAAGGGCACCGAGGGGCCCAAAGGAGACCGCGGAGACCGGGGUCCCCCAGGUGAACCUGGGAGUCCCGGGAGAAGAGGACUGAUGGGGUUCAAAGGUCGAGGUGGAUUCACCGGUCCUCAGGGGAUGAAGGGUCAGAAGGGAGACAUGGGGGAGAAAGGGCAGACUGGCUCUGUCGGUUUCACCGGGACAAAGGGCGAGCGAGGCUUCAAAGGGGAGAAAGGAGACCGAGGACUGUUGGGGCCCCCAGGUGCACAAGGCCCCCAAGGAGAAACUGGUACAUGUCCUGCCUCCUGUGAGAGUGCCCAGGGUCCACCAGGUCUACAAGGCCCCCCUGGACCAGCCGGAGGCCGGGGCCUGCCUGGUGUAAUGGGAGCUGUGGGACCCAAAGGUAUUAAGGGUGAUAAGGGUGACCUGGGUAUGCCCGGCGACCCUGGGCUGAAUGGCCAGAAAGGUGAUCAAGGUGAGCAGGGAGUGUGUGAGUGCACCGAUGGGGCGGACGGCGCUGAUGGGAGACCAGGAGAAAAGGGAAUGAAAGGGGAAAAAGGUGACACUGGUCCCCAGGGUGUACAGGGUCUCAUGGGACCAAAAGGCAACGAGGGCAUGAUUGGUCUCAGCGGUCCACCAGGUCCCUGCACCCCAGCCAUCCAAUCAGCAUUCUCUGCAUGUAUCAAUGAGUCAUUUCCAAGGCAAGACUGGCCCAUCGCUUUCCCACAUGUCCUCACCAACCUGCAAGGGCACUUCAACCCGCUCACCGGCAUCUACAGAGCCCCCGUCAACGGCACCUACGUCUUCUCGUACCACCUGGCGGUCGCCUUCAGGACUCUUAAGGUCGGCCUGUUCCUCAACCGCUACCCUGUAAUCAGAACAACAGAGGCUACCAGCCAAGCCACGGCCAGCCAGACAAUCAUCCUCCACCUCAAAGCAUUCGAUCAGGUGUGGCUGCAGGUGAAGGAUCCCGUCACUAAUGGCAUUUUCACUGACAACGAGAGCAGCAGCACGUUCUCUGGGUACCUGUUGUACCCCGACUCCUGCGACAUUCCCAUGGGCCGACAUCACCAAUGGCAAGAGCCACCUGUCUUUACAGCAAGAGACUUCAGCUGGGAUGGUCCUCAAGAUACCACCACUCCUCAACCAUAGUAGGCACCAGCCAGUCAGUCGCAGUUGUAGAUGAAGUUUCCACAUGCAUCCAAUCAAACACUCUGUGCAUUUAUAACUGCAAGUUUUUAAAGGAGGGGUAUUCUAGAAAAGCUGAAUUGUCCAUUUUUGAGAUGGAGAUUUCUGUCAGAUAAGUUAGUGUGUUGUGUUAUGCAGCUGUAACACCUUACUGUUGUUAUCUGAUUAAAUAGUAAUUCGCGCCAUCAACUGCCCCUAACUGUGACUUCACUGGAAGCAAGUGAAUAAACUCAAUAUUUAAUCAGAACCAUUUCUGGACUGACUCUGGGUUCUAGAUAUGGUCGUUGGUAGGUGAGUCUGGUAGGAGGUCAGAGGCAGGGCAAAUAGGUGUGGUAUUACUACACUGGAAAAAACAACAACACAAAAACAAAAAACAAAAUUCUUUAUAAAAAAGGUUUAACAGUACUGACUUUGGUGGUUCUCUGACUUUUCCUGUCUUUGUUUUGGAUUAAAUAAUUUGACGACUAUCGCAUUUGUCCAAUAUUUUUCCGUGUGCUAACUAUCAAAUGCUAAACUAAGGCUGUGAGUAUUGUAAAAAUUACACCUGCUUAAUAUUAAUCUAAAGAAACACACACUCUUGAAACUUUUUGCAGUGUGUGUUAAUUAACUAAAAACAGCCUUUUGCAUUGAAGUUCUAGAAAACCAAAUUAUUUAGUAGGAAAAUACCCCCCCUUUAAGUGUGGAGAUAAAUUCACUCUCAUGAUUCAACACUCACUGACAUAUAAAAAUGCAUGUAGGCUUACAUGUGCCAGCUUGACAUCUGCAUUUGAUCAUGCACUUACUUUAAUAAAUGUUUAGAUUGCUGAGCUGGCCACAGUCGGCUGUAGAGGCUCAAACCUGCUCCAAUGGUGAAUGUUUUAAAAGCACUUUGCACCCUGAGAGUAAUUUUAUUUUUAUCCUUCAGAUCAGCUUACUGCAGCUUAGUUUUAGAGCCUUUAUCAUUUCACCUUCUCAAAUGUUGAUGAUGCAUAUAUUUUGAUGCUUGAGAGAAAAAAAUAAUAAUUAAAUUGCAACCAAAGUGGCUGCCUCUAU